ACGGGGAAUUCCUCUCGAAAGGCGUCUUCAUUGUGUAAGACUCUUCGAAACGUAAAAUGUAUGAUUUUUUAAAGGAGGACGAGUUCGAGGAGCCAGAAGAAUCUCUAAACUCGGAUCGAACCCAAAGUAAGUCGGAAAGAAGUCAAAUCCAUAAUGUCCCCAAAACGAUCGACGAAAUUCGCCUAAGUCGAUUUCUGUGUCUGGGAACAGAGAGUGGCGCCUACCACACCGAUGAAAUUGAACUGACGUGCCGGGAAAAUGUCGGUUGCAUCGACAGACUUAUCAACAAGGGUGAAGGAUUGAAAGUUGUUGAGACUAUCCGAGAGUUCAGCAUAGAAGGAAAAGCAUGCAAAGCUACCCCUAUUAUAUUUGCUCUUUCAAUAUGCUGUCGCUGUAACGAUCACAAAACGAAAGAUGCCGCUUACAAGAUCCUGUCAGAUGUUUGUCGAAUUCCAACCCACCUUUUUGAAUUCAUCAAGUAUUGUCAAGAUGUAAAUCCUAAUGGGGAUGGAUGGGGAAGAGCUCAUCGUAAAGGUGUAUCCAUGUGGUACGAGAAUUAUAGGAAUAGGAAAGGUGGCAUUCCUUUAUUGGCCUUCCACAUGACAAAGUACAAGUCGAGAUUUGGGUUUACCCAUAGGGACGUCUUUCGUUUGUGUCACAUCAAAACAGACAACGAUGCCCUGGGGUACUUGGUUUAUCACUUCUGUCGUAAUCAAAACAGGACAGAUAUAAAUUGGUCAGAGCACCUGGAAUUGGCAAAACAAAAAGAAGGCUUUGAACAAUCGGAACUUAAGAAAGUUAUCGACUUGCUUCAAGUUUUCGACGAUGCUAAAAAUUGCCACGAUGAAGAAAUGAUGAAGCGGAUGAUUUUGGAACAUCAUCCGUACCUUGUUCGAGAACAUGUACCAACUGAGCUGUUGAAUUCCAAAAAGGUAUGGGAAGCAUUAAUGCGAUUUAUGCCAAUGACGGCCAUGAUAAGAAAUUUAGGAAAAAUGUCUAGUCUUGAUCUGUUAGAAUCUGACAGUUUUGGUGAAGGUUUAACAGUAGAUAAAUUGACGAGCAAAGAGCUGCUAAAAACAGCUAUGGUUCAUCCUAUAACUCUGUUGGUUGCUAGGAAAGCUUAUUCUAAAGGCCAAAGUGAAUCAAAAAAGCAAAGACUGAACUGGCAGGUGAAUCCAAAGGUGCGAGACGCGUUAAAAGAAGCUUUCUAUGUUACCAUCAACCACGUAGAAACAACGGGGAAACGAUACCUACUGGCGAUAUGUAUGAAUGGAUCCGUAAAUGAACACGAAAAGAGAACUCCUAUUCUAACCGCCAGGGAUGUGGCGGCUGCCAUGGCAAUUGUAACCGGUAGGCGAGAACAGUACUGCGAUGUCGUCGCGUUUUCUGGAAACCGAUUGACAGAAUAUAUCAACAUCAGGGAAGUAUCCAUUCCAAACCAAGAUAACUUCGAAGCAUUGUCGGAAAAAUUUUCUCAAAUGCAAUUUGAUUCAUUAGAUUGCGCUGCUCCAAUUUUAGAUGCCAUUCAAAAUAAGAAAAUGUACGAUGUGUUUGUGGUGUAUACCGACUCGGAGAUGAACGUCGGUCCCAUACUUCCGUCAGAAGCCCUGAAAAGAUAUCGGACUGCUUCUGGAAUAACAGAUGCUCGGCUCAUUGUAUGUGGAUUGGCCAACAAUGGCUUAUCCAUCGCAGAACCAGACGAUCCACUGAUGAUGGAUAUCGUUGGAUUUGAUUCUGGUGCCCCGGCAGCAAUCCACCAGUUUGUGACAGGAAACAUUUGAGCACGCACAUGUGAUUCUGCUCAAGAAUAACCUUAACAAACGUUGAACUUUUUGAUUUAAAUUUGUUUAAUAAAUGGACAUAUUUGUACCUUUUACGAACAAUCAAUGUACUGGGUAAGCCUUUGCAUUUUUUAAAAACAAAAUACAUGUUGGAGUUUCCGUUUAUGUUUCCCUCUUCUUUCUUUUCAAAAUCGAAUUAAGCUAUUGGUCUAAAUGGGCAAGUGCUGUUAUAAAGCAGAAUUUUUGAUUAACUAUAGAUAAUUUACAGGGUUAUAUUUGAGCCCUUUUGACCUGGAAAUGUCUUGCAAUUUCCAUUCAGUGAUAUCUAAAAUUAUAUAUCUUUAUACACAGACGCACUAGUGUCUCUGAACUUUCAGAGAAAGAAAUUAAUACUCAAAAAUGGCGCGAAACAAUCCAUUGGGUUAGUUCUAUAGAAAACAAACGAACUCGCUAAAAGGCACAAUCAGGGAUAUCAAAAUUCAAGAAGCAAAAUGAAAACAUUUUUAUUUUAAAGAUAACGAGUUAGUAUUUCAUUGUAAAAAAUACCACUGAAUUUUACCCAUCAGUACGUGUCAAUAAUUUGAGACGAAAUCAUAAUAUAGAAUAUGAAACUUAAAAAAAAAAAUCAAAACUAUAUGCAUGCAGGUAUUAAAUGAAAUAUCAAAAUUUCUUAGGAAAAGGAUUUACUGUGCAGUUCAUUGAUUCAACAGCAAUGAAACAGAUGCUAGUGCAUGUACGUUUAAUGAAAAAUGUUUUCGAGUUGAAUUUGUUUAAAAUGUUUCAAUAUCAGAAUUAAUUAAAUUAGUGAAUGAA